UGGAUAUCAAAUCAAUCAGUUAUCAAAAUGGAAUAUAUAUCAUUCGACGCAGUUUUUCACGCUCUUUCAGAAUCUGGAAUCAAAAAAAUGGAACACAACUUUCCUGGACCAUUUUUACCCAAAAUACUGCUGAAAAAUUCGAUUUUUUUAUCGGUUCAUCCUCAGUAUAUCCAUUCUCUUUAGCCUCAUGAGACUUUCAAAAAGAUGCCAUAUAUACAGUUCGAUAGAGAAAAAAAUUCUCUAUCUUUUGAGAUAUUACAAUAAAAGAUAGCUAGUAAUGUUGAGGAGAAAUCGACAAAAUAUCGCCAACAUGAAAAAAUUGAUAUUUUGACCUAAACCAUCCUGACUCAUCGUCAUUGUUUUCUUUAUAACUCCUCAAAGCUCUUUCGGAUUGAGCUGAAAUUUUGGAUUUGUAGGUUUUCCAACAUGCUCUUUCAUUUGGUGCCAAAAUAUCGUACUUUCAAAAUUUGUCAAAUGCCCAUGUUAGCGGUGGGCUCAUGGACCCUCUCUUAAUUAAUUAGCCACAAACCAUAAUUAAUGAGGUCUUAAUUAGCUAUUAACUAACUAAUUAAUAAAAUGUCUGUCACAGUCUGUGAUGGUUGCUAAGGUGUCUGCCACAUCUGUGGGGGGGGGGGGGGGUCCAAAUUUCUACCCUAUAUAUUUCAACACUCCUUUUAGAUCGUGUUUCACAAAAAUUUUUGUAUUGUUUCAUUCAAUUAAAAACUUUAUUUUAUCGAAUUCCUUAUAACCAUAAAAAAGUUUUAGGUGUUUAAUUGAUUCUAUUGCAUUUUAAUAUAAGAUCCACAUUGAAAACUAAACUAAUGAAUUAUUUUUAUAAGAUAAAAGACUUUUCAUAUAAACAUACAGGCACCGACAAAAAUUUAUCUAUGUCAACCAGCAUGGGAUUGUGCCCAAUGCACAUCACGAUCAGUGUACGGACUAAGUAUGACAAAUCAGCAUAGUGCUUUAAAACCAGAUUCCGAAUGAAAUUCGGAAACUCGAUGUUUUGGUACACUUUGUUUAACUUACAUAAGAUUGAAAACAAAAUUAUUUUCAAAAUUGACAAAAAUUAUGGCGAUGAUUAUUUCAAGAAAAAAAGUCUAACAGAGAUACUGAAAAUCUAUUGUUUUAUUUUUUCUGGAAUGUCUUGAUUUGUUUCUUUUAACUAGAUAAAAAUUAUUUUUAAGUAAUCUUAGUAAACUUUAUGAUUAUCAAUCAAAAUACGGUCGAAAUUUUUUUCCUAGGUUAUUUCCAUUCAAUGAUCUGCAUAAUCCAGUAUCACUAAGAGUUAAAUAUGAAUAUGAAAUAGGACACAUAUUUUAUGAUUUACUAUAUGCGGUUAUUAAAAGUUCGAAUUGUUGAAAUACUCUUGCAUUUGUCUAUGUAAAAAAAAACAGAGUUUUAUUGGCAAAUUCUUAGUCAUAGUUUUCCAUUGUUGUAUGUUUUGAAAAAAAGUUUCAAAGUUUAUUUGUAUUUUUAAAUGAUAUUCUUUUAUUUUAAUUAGUAAUGUAAUAGCUGGUAAUAAUCUCUAUGAUGCUGAAUAUAUUCGAUAUUUUACUGGUAUAAAAACCAUUGUAUUAUCAUCAUUAUGUGCUUAUACAAAAGUGUCAUAUAAGCCAGUGAUUCGAAAGCCUUUUAUAAUAGCUAAUAUGAAUGCGAAAAAUUUUCGUUCGAAAUUUAUGUCACUAUUAACUGAUUCAUUUCAACGUUUAAAGAUAUCAGUACGGAUUGGUCAUUUACGAGAUAUUUACAAAGGACAUUAUCGAUAUAUUCAAUUAGCUCGACAUCCAGGUAUAAUACAUAUUCCAUAUCAAGUAUCUAUUAUGAGUUUAUUUGAACAUUAUCGAAUGAAUAUUCCAUUAUUUUUUCCAUCACUUGAUCUUCUUACUGAAUGGCAUUAUACAUAUCGUGUUGUUAAUGAACGAACUUGGGAUGGUAUAUCUGGACAUAUAAAAAAUGCUUCAAGAAUAUCAGGUGUUUUAGGUCCUGAUAUACCUGAUCCUAAUAAUGAAUUUGAUCGAGAUGCAAUACGUUAUUGGUUGAAAUUUUCUGAUUUCUAUCAAUGGCCACAUAUUAUUUAUUUUAAUUCAACUGAUGAACUUGUUAUUAAAUUAAAAACAACUAAUUUAACAGAAGUUAGUUCAAAUAUGAAAGUAUACAAUGCUAACUUAACAAAAAAUUUAUUUGAACAAUGGCGUCAAAUACUUCAGAGAACAGGUCCACUAUAA